UCCUGUGACAGGAGCGGCUGCUGCUGCUGCUGGCGCCGCCGGUGCCUCCCUCCGCCCGGAGAGCCGGGUCGCUGUCCGAGCCCCGGCCAUCCCCCCUCCUCCUCUCCAUCCUCUUCCAUCCCGGCUCCAUCCCGGACGGUGGCCCCGCAGCCCGUCCCGGGCCGCACCGAGCUGAGCAAGCACCGGCCGGGCUCACCGCGCCGCCCCGGUUGCCCCCCUCCGCACGCUCCGGGACAGGGCGCGGGGCCGGGAACCGCCGUUGCUGUUGCUGCUGCUGCUGCUGCUGCUACCGCCGCCGCCGCCGCUACCGGCCGGGCAAUGCCGAAGCCGCCGUUGCUGCUACGGGGGAGCCGCCCCGGGGACAGCGAGCUGGGGCGGCAGUUCCGGGACUGGUGCCUGCGCACCUACGGGGACUCGGCUAAAACCAAGACGGUGACCCGGAGCAAGUACCAGCGCAUCGCCGAGGUGCUGCAGGGGGGAUCCGGCUCCGGCGGCGGCUCCGGCGGGGGGGAGAAAGGCAAGUUCCAGUUCUGGGUCCGGUCCAAGGGCUUCCGCCUGGGAAACGGCACCAGGGAGGCGACGAAGAUGGGUCAAGUGGUGGUAUAUGUGCCGGUGAAAACGGGAACGGGGGCAGAUGGACUGUCGGAGCCCGAGGGCAUCUCUCUCAAGCGCGUGGCUGUGGUGGAAGAUUUCUUUGACAUCAUCUACUCGAUGCAUGUGGAGAGCUCGUCGGAGCCGGGCAAAGCACCCAAACAUGCGGGGCAGAAGAAAACCUACCGAGCGAUCGCAGAGACCUAUGCUUUCCUGCCCAGAGAAGCCGUGACCAGGUUCCUGAUGAGCUGCACCGAGUGCCAGAAGAGGAUGCAUUUCAACUCCAACGGCCUGGAGCCCAAAGAGAGUGAACCACCCUCCUCUUUGGUUUCUGGGAUCAUUGACUACAACAUGCCCCUCACCUCCACUUACCUGAAGCAAAUGAAGCUGCGGGUGAUGAAUUCCCAGGAGCAGGAUGAGACAUCGGUGAGCAGCGAGGACUUUGAUAUGAACGACUCCACAUGGAUCUCAGCUGACCAGCACCUGAACUCCAGCCUGAGCCCCAGCCAGGACGAGAGCAUGCGCAGCCCGCAGAACCUGCCCGGCCACGAGGACGAUGACUCCUCGUCAGAGAGCUGCAGCGGGAAUGGCUCCUCCACCCUGAACCCCUCGACCUCGAGCAGCACGCAGGGCGACAGCGCCUUCCCCGAAAUGAACGGGAAUGGCACCGCGGCGCCCAUGGACUUCACCGCCGCGGCCGACGACCAACCCAUCAACCUGUGCGACAAGCUCGCGCCGGCACACGGCACCCCUUCCUACCAGCCGGACGGCUGCAGCGCCGACGGGCUGCGCAGCAGGGUCAAGUACGGCGUGAAGACCACGGCAGAGUCCCCUCCGUACAGCUCUGGCAGCUAUGACUCCAUCAAGACAGAGGUCAGCGGCUGCCCUGAGGACCUGACUGUUGGCAGGGCCCCCACAGCUGACGAAGAUGAUGAUGACCACGAUGACCAUGAAGACAACGAUAAGAUCAAUGACUCGGAGGGGAUGGACCCGGAGAGGCUAAAGGCCUUCAAUAUGUUUGUGCGCCUUUUCGUGGACGAGAACUUGGACCGGAUGGUUCCCAUCUCCAAGCAGCCCAAGGAGAAGAUCCAGGCCAUCAUCGAGUCCUGCAGCCGGCAGUUCCCCGAGUUCCAGGAGCGGGCACGCAAGCGCAUCCGCACCUACCUCAAGUCCUGCCGCCGCAUGAAGAAGAACGGGAUGGAGAUGACCAGGCCCACGCCGCCACACCUGACCUCAGCCAUGGCAGAGAACAUCCUGGCCGCUGCCUGCGAGAGUGAGACGCGGAAAGCAGCCAAGAGGAUGCGGCUGGAGAUCUACCAGACCUCCCAGGACGAGCCGAUUGCUCUCGACAAACAGCACUCCAGAGACUCCACAGCCAUCACCCACUCCUCCUACUCACUGCCAGCUUCAUCUUACUCCCAAGACCCAGUCUACAUCAAUGGAAGCCUCAACUACAGCUACCGUGGCUACGGGUCCCUGGGGGGCAGCCUGCAGCCACCCGCCUCCCUCCAGACGGGCAACCACAGUAACGGUCCGACGGAUCUCAGCAUGAAAGGUGGGGCCUCGAGCACGGCCCCGUCCAACAGCACCAGCAGGGGAAUGCAGGCUGCGCAGCUCAGCCCCACGGAGAUCAGCGCCGUGCGGCAGCUCAUCGCCGGCUACCGAGAGUCCGCGGCGUUCCUGCUCCGCUCUGCAGACGAACUGGAAAACCUCAUUUUGCAGCAGAACUGACUCCCUGUGGCUGCGGCGCUCCUCUCUCGAGAAGACAAUUCCUACCUGCUAGCAAGAGGCUCCCGGCGUGUCCUGCUCAGGACCACCAUCGUCCUCCCGUGAGGCGGCGGGUACAUGUAGUUUUAGAAGGUGGAAUCCAAAAGACCUGUUUUCUUUUACACUCCAAGCACCUGGGACUUGAGGCACAAGGACACAUUUUUGAACCGUACCAACAGCCAAACCCGCGGCUUGGAAGGAUGUGGGACUGCCAGGGCAGAAGGGAGCCUGGGGAGGUUUGGGGCUGCAGAUGUAUUUAGAAUAACCUUUGUGGACCCAAAUGUUAGAUUCCCGUCCCCAGAUAAUUUCCAAGUCUUAGGUGAGCUGAAUCGCAUAUUUAUUGAGAAAUGGACCCUCCUCUCCCCUUAGUAAUUUAUUUUUCUGAAAAUGGAUUCUUUUGAGUUUGUACAGAUUGCCAGUUUUUUUGUCUGUCUGAUCAGAAGGAAUUUAUUCCUGUGAAAUAACACAUUCCAUAUCACUACACUACUAAUUUCCAGGCAGCUCUGCCUGUUUCUCUGGGGAGCCCUUGUCUCGCAGGGAGCACGGUUGCCAUCCGGCCCUAGACUUCGAGGCUGCUCGGCCUCCAGUGCGCGGAGGUGGCAGCGGACCCACGGAGCAACGUCCUGCUUUGCGCUCGGCUCCGAGCGGCCCCGUAGCAGCGGCGGGGUCUAAAUGUCCCGCAGAGACUCGGCAAAGCUCCGCAGCCUCCGGCGGGAAGGACGUCUCGCACUCGCUUAAGUCAUUGCAGAUAAGAGAAGGAAGGAAGGAAAGAACCUGAGAAACACUGUCUUGCGGGCACCAUCCGUACUCUACCUCACCCUCCAUUGUGGGCUUCUUCCAGGGCUGGCGGCGCUGGUCCUGGGGGACGGUGAGUGUCGCAGCCGCGUGGAUCGCGCCGAGGAGGCUGGAAGCGGCCGGGGUCCUGCUGCUGGGCGGCAGCUCGUCCCCCCCGGCCCCACGUGAACCCAGCCCUGGGGCGGCACCGGGAGCAUGAACCCUUUAGGAACUGCACGGGUGUAAUAAAGCUGAUGCCGGGGCUCUGCCUGGGGAGCGAGCGCGGGGCAGAAGAUGGAGACAGGCAGCGCUCGGCAGCAGCACUGACAGAGUCCUCUCUGGGGCCCAGGACCCUCCCCCCUCCCUGCUCACAGUCCUGAGACAAGCCCACAAUUCCCAAAGUGUGGAAAACCCAUAGUCCGAUGACCAUUCUGCCCCGUUACCACCCUCCCCUACUCCCCCCAUAAUAAUGCACUUCGUUUUGCUCAGUGCAAUACCUACUACCAGUGCUGCUAAACCCAGGGACUUCGCUCAGGCCGGGGGUGCUGAGCCGAGCUCAAGCAAUGCAACGUGCGGUGGAGCCAUGGAGAGCAGCAGCGCCCGCUCCCAGCCCGGACAGGAGUCCUCACCCCGAGGUAGACAUUCGAUAAGUGUAAACCCCGUCUUAAAAGGUCGAUACUUACCCUCUUUGGAGCCAGCUUUGGUCUUUUUUGGGCCCCUCUCUCCUGCUCCGGGGGCUGAUGCCGCUGGCACAGGCUCGAGCUGUUACAGGCGACAGCGGCUGGACCCGGCCCGUUCACUCCGUAGCCUUUAUACCCGAUUGUAGUCCCCACACACUGGAAGAGAAGCAAAACCUCUGCCCUGGUUUAGCCUCAGCACAGCAGGAGCCGGCACCGGGCUGAGGCCGCGCUUGCUGCCGGGCAGCAGGAGGGAUCUCCCGUCGCUGCAUUGACUGUUCUCCCCAAACCUUAAACUUGCCGUAGCAUUUGGAGAAAAGGGACCGACCCCCCUGGCCCUCGGGGUGUCUGUGCAGGGGUGAGGGGGGGGCCUGGUGAGACCUGAGCCAGUCCCCAGCGCCCUGAGCCCGGGCUCAGGCUCAUUCCCCCCCAGCACUUCCCUGCUCGGUGUGGCCACUGCAUCCUCCCACCCUCGGAAUCGAUGUAAAUAUUUAUUUUUGUGUGAAUACCAUGAAGUAACAAACCUUUGACACAAACCUGGACCCGCAGCCACUUGUGAAAGUCUUAACGUUAAGGAAGGAGAGGCAGAGACAAUCGCUGUCCCGGAAUUCUCCCUCUGCCCUAUCCCACCCCAGCCGGUGCCUCCCUCGGCAGAGGCCAUCGAGAACCUUUAGCCAUAACUUUGCCAUCCCGUUUACUGCAGAAGGUGACCCAGGGGCGCUCGGACAGGCCUCCAUCAGCUACAGUCUGGUUGAAGUUUUAUUUAUACAAGUUUUAGCUGUCGUUUCCAGAUCACCUUUGAACUUGUCUUAGCAUGUAGUGAAGUUUAGUAGCUCUUACACUUUGUUAAACUGCUGUAGAAGACAGAUGAGGCUCGUGGUUGCAUAGGAAGGUACCCAACAGCCCUGUCCUGCCAACUGAUGUUCAGAACUUGCAGCUGAAUGGUACAGGCUCAGAUUCCCCCAGCCCCGGUGACAGCCACGUCUGUGACGACUUACGACUCGAAUGGGAUUGACUGUGAAUUCCUGUCAGGGAUCUUUUCCUUUCUUCUUUCUUCUUUCGUUUCCUUUGGGUGAGCCGCAGCUUUCGAGUCUCUUUGGCACGAGCUCCACAGACAUCUCGGUGCUCUUCAGCUGGUCCAUGCUCGGUUGUGGCUCGUCUGUGCUCCAGGACUGUUUCACAGCCACAUUCCUGCGCUCCCACCAGGCAGGACGGGGUCAGGAAUCUCUUGUCCGGGUUCCCAACGCGAAGGAAUGAGCAGGAGCAGAAUACACCGGCUCUGCAGAUCUGAGAGGUGGAAGGAGAAUGCUGGGUUAGCAAAUGGUCUGGAUGUUCUGGGCUUUUGGUUAGAAGCUUAUCACUGGUUGAGAACAUAGAUUUUAAUUUAACGUUAUUGUAUUUAAUUUGAACCUCGACCAUCCUGCCCUGGGUGCGCGCGUCCCACGACGGGUUUCUCCAUGGGGCUGUGAGCAGACGUAACUUGUACCUCCCCGACCCCCGUGAGCGGCCGUCGGCUCUAGUACCAGUUCAUGACAAACAAAUGCUGCUUUGAACUCAGAGGGUUAAUAGACUUUUGAUUUGUAAUUUUUUGUAAGACUUUUUACAAGGUAGCAUAGAACCCACCAGAAACCAACAAUCCGUCCAUGGUCUGAUUUUUAUAUAAUUUAGUGGUGCUUUAGGAACUUCUGUUUGGUUGUUUCGGAGCUGUACGGCUCAGUUCUUCGCCUGUAUCUACCUAAGACCAAUGUGAACCUUUGUAUUUUUGCUCCUAUUUUGGACUCAGUGAAAGUGUACUGUUUACAUGUACAGAACUCCCGGCCCCUGUGUGUUCUGCAAGACCUGCUGUUGAAGAGGAAGAUGCACCUCACCCAGUUCGUCUGCUUAACCCAGCCACAGCCUCACUCACCCCCAACACGCACCCGCCCCGAGGAAGACCCCCCCCAAACCUGAACCCCCCGGCAGCAGCGGUGGGGUUUGCACAAGGGAUUCUGUUGUCCCCCAUGGUCAGUUUAGGAUCGGUUCAGGUGGAGCUGAUGCGGAGCAGACGGUCCCGCUGCUCCCCGUCCCCAUCCGAGAGCUGCCGAGCUCAGAGCAGGGGUCACACCACGCCAGGGAGGACUUGCGGGGAAGCGGGAGGGAUAAAACCCACCCCCAGGAUUGGGAUCAGCCUUUUCCGAACCAUGAGAUCGGCCAAGCUGACCUCGGGUUGCGAGGCGGGGAGCGCGUCCCGCGGGAGGCUCCGAAAGGAAGCGGCUCUUUGGAAAGCCGGCGCUUUCCCGAGGCUCGGGUAGAAAGCAUAUGGCACUUAAUCCGGCUUUUAAGGUGACACUUUAUUGCUUAAUCAAUUGAUUCCUUUUGAAAUGAUAUUUUUGCAGAUAGGCACCUAUGCAACUUAAUGUGGCUCUUAAGCAGAUGAGCACUUCCUCCUCAACGAGCUUGAUAAGAGUUAUUUGUGUUCUAUACUGUGGAUUUUUCCAGUAAAUGUGGCUUAAUAUUUUAA